AGUCAAGACGCGCGCUCUUUACAUUCGCCAACGGAACCGCCUUCGUCGGGUGGAAGACCCCUCGUUCACAUCACCUUGGUUGCGCGGAUAUUUAGAAUCCAUCAAUUCGAACGGUUGCCGUGCACUAUUCGCAGUUUUUUUUGGGAAACUCAAAUUUCAUCGUCUGGAUUUCUUCGAAUUAAGUUUGCGUGAGGUUCGCGCGAUGGUUUUGCAUGGUUGAAAGUGAUUCCGAGGCGAUUUCUUCGUAAUUGGAAAACUGUCUAGCUGGAGUGGAUUCCGUGGUUCACAUCGACAGCGUAGUGUCGAAGGCGGCGGCGGCAGCGACGUUCUUCCUUUGUGGGCCAACGAAGAAAAGUGAAAUACUUUGUGGGAGGUUUCGGGCCGUCAAUUGCGCGACAAAGCGAAGGAAAUCUGAUGGAAAUUUCGGUUGAUUGAUAUCAAGACGUGAGAUGCAUUCGUAGGUGCAGUCGGUGGCGUUCCAGUCGCAACCUCUGUGAGUCACGUAACGUUACAUAAGGCCACCGAAGUGGGCGGCAAGUGAACGGUUGGGGGAUUCGAUUACAAGAGGUACUCUACGUGAUCUGAUGCUGAUCGUGGCGAGGACCGGAUCGAUUAAUUCAUUGAGCAAUCGUGGAAAGACACCUACGCGAGUGCAGUGUUGUGUUAUUGAACGAUCACGUUAGAGGAGUUGUUGUUUGCCGCCUCGAGCGUUGGUGUGGAGUAAAAUAGGGCCGCUAGUGAAUAAGUGAGAGUGAAACUGUUGCUACACGGUUGCGAGGGAUUUGUUUACAUUCUUCAAGUAGCACGUUCCCCCGUUCGACGAUUGAUGCAUACUGUUUUGAUUGGUACAAUCUCGCAGUAGAAGCAGCAGCGAGUGUUGUGGUUGACGAGACAAGAACAGAUCUUUUUGUGAUCGAGACGUUUUCAGCGAAGGAAGCGAAGCUAUCCAAUAAUAAACGAUCAAGAUGGGGAUCUUCAGUUUUUAUGGAAUGAGAACAAAGCAGGAGGCGAAGCAAAAGGACACCAUGACACCGGGAGCAGGCCUACAGCAGAGCGGCGCACCGGAGGACCCAGCCCACCAACAGCAGCAGAUCCCAAACAUUGCCGGUACGAUCACCGAUGGAAGCCACAAACAGAUUCACACUCAGCAGUACCUGCACGGGGCAGGUGGGGGUGUUGGUGGCGGUGGCUUAGCUAUCGGUCACCUGCACCAGCAUGCCCAUCUACCUCAGCUGCAUCCGUACUCGUCGUCGGUGACGGGCGGAAGUACCGGUCUGUUGGCCAACGGAACCGCAGGAGGCGGUUCGGCGCCUUCCACGUUAACCAGUGGAGCAAAAUUACCCCCAAAAACGUCGCCCAUAGGGCCGUCUCCCUUCCGACAGCUGCUUCCGGUGGCCCUCUGCAUCAUCUCAUUCGCCACGGUGCUCAGCAUAUUGAUCAUCUACAUGGACACGACAGAAAUUCGACAUCAACAGUUUCGGCUGAAUAUGUCCCACGACUACGACCUGAUGGGAGUUCCCCAGGACAACCCCGCCCUGGUAAAGUACGUCCGUGACAUCCACAUGAAGAAAUACCCGAUGACCUUCAUGCGCAAUGCCAACACUCCGAUGGAACAACUGAAUUUCACCAACCGGCACGAACUGACUCCCGAUAUGGCACACUUCGUAUCGGAUCUGCUUGGCAAGAAACGAUUCGGGACGUUCUUCCAGUCGUUGACAGGAAUCAGCGAUUCCAUGAUGACGGCUCCAUGGCUAGCGGAAACCAUGAACUGGGGCGGCUAUCUGGUGGAACCCGAUCCGCGAAAGUACUUUUCUCUGCGCAAGCAAAACGCCUUCCGACCCAACGUGCAGGUGAUCCAUGCGUGUUUAUCGCCCAAUACCUAUCCCAAAGAGGUUACACUCCGUCACGAUGACGACAGCGAGGUACGCAUUAACAGCGUGCUUGACGAGGAAACGGAGUGGUUCCACCCGCGCGUCAAGUGCUUCCCGGUGUACACGCUGAUGCUGGCCGUAAAUAGGACUUCGAUUGAUUUGCUCAGCCUCGGCUGCCAGGGGCAGGAAUUGCAGAUCUUGCAAACCAUUCCAUUCGAUCGAGUCCACGUCAAGGUAAUCUCGAUCCAUCUGGUGCACUACUACGAGGAAGACGAGAUGAUCAUCGAUGUGGACGAGUACGUACAGAACAUUACCCGGUUCCUGCUGAGUAAGUCCUACAAGAUGGUCCGCAGCUACGAUCGUAACUUCUUCUAUCAGUAUGUGAGCGUGAACGGUGGCCUGGGUGCCAGUCUCAGCAGGGUGAACAGUGUGGCUGGGCCGAGUGAUGGAACGGUGCCAGUUGCCGUAACAGGUGCCAAUGGAGGAGAAGGUAUCCUUGACAGUAAGGUUGGUGGAGGUGCCAGCGGCAGUGGCAUCAGUAUUAGUAGCGUAAAGACCACUAGCAACAAAAUAAGUAGUAGCGAGAAGGGUGAGGUGCUGCGAAAGGUGGUGACAACGGCUGCGCCCUCUGCCUCCGUGUCGACGAUGAAGAUUGCAGUGGCCGCUGAGAUGCUGCUGGAAGGCGGAACUAGCAGCAGCAUCAGUACCAGCAGCAGCAUCGUCAGCUCGGUGGCAAAUGUAGAGCGGGGAGCGAUCGUGGUGGAGGAUCUGGACGAGCCGGAGCUUCAAGCAUCGCAUGCAUCCAGCUCGCCACCGAUGGUCACCUCGCUGUAGUGGCUGACGGGUGGGAAGCAACCGCAGUUGCCUUUGUAGAUGGACUUAAAAUUUCGCGAUAGCUUAGCGAAUUAGGGUUACAGUCUUUUACAUGAAACACAAAGCUACCGAUUUAUCAUUCCAGAGGAUGGUUACUUGCUCUCUAUUUUCUCGGUGGUUGCGAUGACUGAGAGAUAAAGUUGGCGAGCGAGUGAGUGUGACUGACAGAUUUAGAUUGUAUUAUAGAUAUUUGAAAGUAGAGAAAAUGAAGUAGCAUUUAGCCGAAAAAACCUAUCACCGAAACACGGGUUAAUAACAUUUCCUUUGAAUAACUUUGUUGGCAUCUUUAUGCUUCAGUUUUGCAUUUCUCUUAACGCUCUCUGUACGGAACUAUAGACCGUACCCAAACGAACAGAAGUUAGACUAUAAUGAAAUAUAUUCAUAUUUAUUGAAUUGUAGCCCUUAGGACAAAUAUCAUCUACUUAUUUGUGAAUGCGGCGAACUGCUCUGCAGGUGAAUUUUAAAACCUUUUCAUUUUGGAGGAACGUAAUUGCUCAAAAAUUAAGAAAUCAUUGAAAUAAAAAUUGAAUUUAUACAAUUCGACACGAAUGAAUCUUUUGUAGGUGUAAGAAUUCGGUAUUUGAUUACAAAAUUUAUGAAUUUUGCCUUUGUUGAGGCGUUUAAAAAUAGUUUGUACACGAUACUGAAACGAGAGUCAAGGGAGGCCAUUCGGUGCAUGCGGUUGAACAUAAUGUUCUAGAGAAAAUGACUUGAAUGGAUUUUGGAUUGACCUAAAUUAGACGAUGACCAUUAUUGCCUUCCUUAACCUCAUGAAAAUAUUGUAUUUUCGGUUAAAUUUUAAUUAUUAGACGAAUUGCGUCAGAUACUUUCUUAGCUUUCCAGGAGUCGCGUGGUCAUGAGUCGCAUAGCUAGGCUGUGUACAACUAAAGUAUUUUUCAACUGGUGUUGUACUUUUUGCAAUGGUGCGAGUUCCAGACGGUUAAUAUUAUGCCUUGAACUAGUAUUAUAUCCUGCACAGGAAAAAGCCUGCGAUGGGAAUGACGAUUUUAAUAUUUCAUACAUUUUUAUUAGAAUUAUUAUACUUAUUAUGAAAAAAAAUAGAAAACAUUAUUUCUACUAUUCAUCAACGAACAACAAGAAAAAAAAACAAACAUGAAUGUAGUUUUAUACAUUUAUCUUUACCAUGAAGCGACAAGUUUGGUUGCAAACAGCGAACGGACAUUCUGCAACUGAUUAUCUAUUAAGUACCUACACAAACCUAUCAUUUUACUGAACUGUUGAAAUUUAAUUAACAUAGAUGUAAACAUAGUAAAAGCAAAGUCAAAAUAAAAUAAA